UCUUACUUCCUGAUCGCUCCCAAUUGCCGAGGCACCCUAGGUCUAGCUUGAUGUCCUCGCCUCCUAUUCCUUCACCGCCUCUUCUGAGAGAGAUAAACGAAGACAAGCCGGAGGGCUUGCGGGUGCACAGCAGCUGUUUUUGUGGCUCGUAAGCAAAGGGCUUUCCUGUACCAAGGAAGAACAAGCAAUGCCCGUGCCUUUUCUCUGGGCUUAAACUUCUACCCGGCAACAGAUGCGCCAACCCCGCCUUCCGCCUCUCUGGUUGGCCAGCUUGAAUCGUAGUUUGUUGCUCUGAUUGGUCGUCUGAUAUCGUGCGGCUUUUUUUCCUAUUGGAGAAGUGGCCGAGAAUUUUUUUUUUUUUCCGGGUUGGUCCGCUGGGGAGGCGGGGUCAUUUCUGCGGGAUUACUUUUCUGGACUCAUUUCUGAUUGGGUGAUGUGACGCAAUGCGCGCGCCCCGUUAGAUGCCAAACUGCUAGCAGGCCGGGUCUUUUCCUGUCCAAGAGCCGGCCCUUAAACUGAAUCGCUGGAGGAGACUUUCGGGCUUGGGCCACUGCAGUAGUGCGGUUGUGGGCUUGCCAGUGCACACGGCCUCUUCUGCCUCGCCAGCGGAACAGGGGCUCAGGCCUCAUUCACUUCGCUCCUUCAGUUAACAGCAGAAACAUCGACAAAUGCUUGUUGAAUAAAGAGAAAUAAAGAGCUUGGGAAGGAGUGAAACCUUUUUGACCUGUUUCAGUUGUUCCCGCCUACUCCAUCUUCUUCCAGGUCAGGGGGUGUGCCUCAGAGAAAGAAGGAAAAGAAUUUUGCGGGCUGUCACACACUUCGGAUAUUUACCUGGGCCCUUUAAUCUUCCUAGAGUCUAUACUCACGCCAGGAGCUCUUCUUUUGGAAAUCAUCAUUUGGCCUAUAGCUUCACUACCUCCACAUUAUUCCUUUUUUUGCGGAACCUGUGGAAACUGAAAAGAGGAGGACCAAUAGGACAGUAGUCCUAUCAAACAUCAAAGCUCAAAUCCUGAAGGAGAGUAAUUUUCUGCUCCUUUGUAGUAGACUUCCCAAGGCAAUAAUUUUGAUCCCAACACCACAGCCUCAGUCGAUCCUUCAUUUAACAAUUCUAACAGACAUGGAGAAGCGCCUGCAGGAGGCUCAGCUAUUCAAGGAGGAAGGGAACCAACGCUACCGGGAAGGGAAGUACCGAGAUGCUGUGAGUAGGUACCACCGAGCUCUUCUUCAGCUGCGGGGCUUGGAUCCAAGUCUGCCUUCCCCAAUACCCAGUCUAGGACCUGAGGGCCCAGCUCUCACGCCGGAGCAAGAAAACAUACUGCACACUACUCAGACAGACUGCUACAACAACCUAGCUGCCUGUCUCCUCCAGAUGGAGCCAGUGAACUAUGAACGAGUGAGGGAAUACAGUCAGAAAGUCCUAGAACGACAACCUGAUAAUGCCAAGGCCUUGUAUCGGGCUGGAGUAGCCUUCUUCCAUCUGCAGGACUAUGACCAGGCUCGGCACUACCUGCUGGCUGCUGUCAAUAAGCAACCUAAAGAUGCCAAUGUCCGGCGAUACCUCCAGUUGACACAAUCAGAACUCAGCAGCUACCACAGGAAAGAGAAGCAGCUGUAUCUGGGCAUGUUUGGUUAAUGAAGAAAAAAGAUGCUUCUCUACUUGAGCUCAAGUAGACCACUAAAGACCCGUCAAGAGAAACCUGAACCUCAGCAAGAGAAAUUCACCCUAUACCUCUGACCCAGGUGGAUUUCUAUUUUUCCUGUUCUGCACAAGCUCUUUGCUACUUAGGCCGUCUGCAUCCUUUAUUGUCUAUCCCUCAGUAUGGCUGGCAAUCCAUAUUAUUUGCCUUGAGAAAUCGACUAGAAAGCUUUCAUACACUGUGGAUGCAAUCAACUAUAUUUGUGAUGUAGAUAAGAUGAGAUGGUAUUAGAUAUGUUCAGAUAAAGAGGAGAAGGCCAGUGAAGGAUAAAAUAAUAAGGAUAGGCAGAAAGGAAUCUUUUACUGUUUCCUCAGAUGCCUUUGUUUUUCCCAGUGGGAAAUAUAUAUAAUUUGUGAAACUAGAUAAAUAUAAAUUGAGCCCAAAUAUAUUUACAUUAAAGAUUUGAAAUUAAACAUUUUGGGGCUAGGAUUUAGCUCAGUGGUAGAAUGCUUGCCUGGCAUGUACAAGGCCUUGGGUUUGAUUCCCCAGUGUUGCAAAAAUAAACUAAACAACAACAAAAUCCAACUUUUAUUUAAAUUG